AUGAAUUACAAUAAUUGUUUCCCUCUACAAAUUUUCCCACUCAAAAUCCACAUCACCCUUAACAGAAAACAAUUCCCCUCUGACGCUCUUGUUCCAAAGAGCCACGCUCGUGGGAAAGCCCACUGCCCAUCACGCGUGUCGUUGGGAAGUUCCUUUGCCGUUGGGGACCGCGAGGUGCGUGUCCGUUUUGUGUUUUUUGCGCGUUUAUUUUCAUUUAUUUCACAAUGCCCAAUUCCCAAACCCCAUGCUUUUCGUAUUGUUUUGGUUUUCUCCAUUUAUCCUUUUUUUUAUUGUUUGCUGGGGGUCCGAUCUGCCGGGUCACCGUCCCGCACACCACGCCCAACAAUAAAGAGCGGCACUGUGAAGGAGAAUGGGAUGCAUUCCCCACACUCCUUGAACAAUUCAUGUUGA